AUGACCUCUAUGUUUAUUGUACUUCCUUGUUUAGUCUUAAAUCAAUUCGGUCAGACAUUUUCAUUUAUUUGGUUGGUUUCCAGAGUACUAUUUGCUGGAAAGCCGGAUGGCGACAACAGAACCGUUAUGUGAUGUCUGCCAACUCCAGAAUAUCUCUAAACCAGCAGCAUCAUGGUGUUCCGAAUGUGAAGAAGCUUUUUGUAUCGAAUGCGAUGACCUUCACAGCCGUAGGAAAUCAACUAAGAACCAUAUAAUGAUAGCGAUAAGGGACUAUCAAAACCUGCCCCAAUCUGCACUGGAAAUCAAACACCACUGCAGUGUACACGAAGAGAAGUAUGAAUUUUAUUGCACCAACCAUGUUUCUCCUUGCUGUGUAAAAUGUGUAAACGAAGAUCACAAAAAGUGUGAGAUCGAUUCUCUUCGAGACGUUGUACAAAAUAUAAAAACGUCGUCAUCUGUAACGAAUAUCGAGCAAAAUUUAUCUGAAAUUCAAAGCAUUUUUCAAAAGAUAAGGGACGAAAAAAGAAGUAACUUAAAACAUAUUGACGAGAAAACUACAACCUACCAGAAGGAAAUAGCAGAUCGAAGGAAACAGAUCAACUGUCAUCUGGACGCUUUGGAAUUAGAAAUGAACAAGAACUUAAAAGACAAGCAGAACGAGGUAAAGACAACAGUUCAAGGUUUUAUUUUUAUAAUAGAUAGUAAAAUAAAACUCGUUGAAGAAGCAAUUCACAGCGUCAAUCAGAUGAAAAGUCAUGCUACAGAUUUGCAAGUAUUUUUGGCUCUACGUGAGAUCGAAAAGGAUGUGGAGAAAGAACUCUCUUAUGUCAAAGAUAUAAAAACUAAAACUGAGAUGAAAACAUUUGAUGUUCAAUUUAAAGUAUCAGAUGGUCUCAAAUCGUUGCAAAAGGAUGUCAAAGUUUGGGGGGAAAUUUCCAUCAAAUCAUUUGACAGUCCAGUGUGCAUAGACGUUGCUAUAGAAAAACAAGCUCAGAUAAUGUUACCAGGCAAAAAAAGAGAAAACCUUACAGAUAUACACUCAAUAACAUUAAAGAAAAAUACUUCGUUUAAAGUUGAGAGUAGGUAUUGCAGAUUGGCCGGGUGUGAAAUUUUACCAGAUGGGGAAAUAUUGUUGGUAAAUGCGACAAACAAUACCAUUCUAACGUACAACAGAAGUGGAAGUCUUAUUAAAGAAUUUAAACUGCAAUGGAAACCUUACGACAUUACCUAUAUAGAUAAUGAUAUGAUAGCAAUUUCUUUUAUCGCUGAAAAGAAAGUUUGUACGUUGAAUACUAAGAACGAGCAAUUAAACACAAUAUACGAGUCCCCAGAAAAGGUAUAUGGAAUAGCAUACAAAGACGGCAAACUAUUCCUACGUUAUGGAAUUAAAGGUAUCCGAAUUAUAUCUGUAUCGGGAACAUUGAUAUCAGACAUUGCAUUCAAAAGCGGUUCAACAUCACAUCUGUGCGUAGGAAGUUCUGAUCAGAUUUGUUAUCCGAUCUGGCGAGAAAGAAGUGUUAUAUGUUGUGAUAGACAAGGCAGCAUUCGGUGGAAAGUAACAAAUGAUCUACUAACGGAAGUGUAUGGUAUCACAUGUGGAUUAAACGAUGUAGUAUUUGCUGCUGAUAUUACUGGUGGUAUAACCUUAAUAUCAUCAGAUGGACAACAAACAAAACGUAUCAUAGACAAAAGUAUCGGGCUGAAUCGUCCAUGUUGCAUUCAUUUCAGUGAUAAAAUGAAUCAGUUGUUAGUUUGUAAUGAAAGUGGUGGUCAGGUGUUCUUAUAUGAUGUUCAGUAAUAACAUUUGAACACGAUGUAGCAACUAACAAGCUGUACUAUUCAUUUUGUUGUUGCGCAAAUUUGUUACUCUAUUUUUGAAUCUAUAAUCUAAUUUAAUGACAAGAUAGUU